AUGGCGGCCACCAAUGCAUCUCGCGCCCACCUCAUCCACACCCUCUCCAACACCCGCCCGCGCUCCAGCUCUCCGCGCACCGACGAGUACGCCACCGCCACUGGCUCCUCUUUCGGCGACGUCCUCCAUUCCACCCCCAACGACAACACCGCUACCUCGGCCCAGCAACAGCUGCCGCAACACCCUCACAUCCACAACAACUACGACCACUUCCCAGAUCAGGCAUCGGAGUCGGCCAGCGACGCCAGCGGAGAGUCAACAACGAGCAUUGAGCUUGGACGCGCAAAGAAGAGAGGCGCGUCCCUACAGGAAGACUCCAGCAUUAUGAGCAACUUCCGCUUCGAGAACAACGGCGAGCUGUACUCCUUCGUCGAGACUCCUCCCAUCACCCGCCACGUCUCCCCGAUCGCACGUCAAUUGUCGCGCGACAACAACAACACCCACCAAAACAAUGGAAGCCUGAGGCGCCAAGCAUCCAUCCGCCGUGCAGCCUCCAAUGCAGCUCCCAAGAACAUCAACCAGCGCUCCCUGUCCGCGGCGUUCCACCAGGCGACCUGCGAAGAUGAAGCAUCCAUCGUCUCCGAGAGCACCCGCGAGCUCACCGCCACCCUCACCGCGCGCACCACUCGCAAUACGCGUUUCACAAGCGCGCGUCAUCCACCCUCAGGCGCGUAUGCUGCUGCGAACGUUGCUGUUAAUGACAGCGCCGCCACUGCGCCAGCCCAAUUCUCGCGUCAUGACUCACAACAUACCGCUCAGUCGAACUCCUUCGUCCUGCCUCAGCUGGCGGACAUCACCGAGCUAGUGUCCGGCACAGGCAAGAACGGCACACCGAAAUCUACCAAGCCGCGCUCCCGCUUCGCAUCGGCACCAGCACAGUUGCCAAAGACGCAACCACAGUAUGAGCCAGUGGAGGGCAUCCAAGUGCCAGAGGAGGAGAAGGCCAUCUAUGCCUCACUGCAACUGCUUAAGGAGCGCGUUGCACAGUUGGAGACGGAGAAGUCGGAGUCCGCUUUGCGUCAAGAGAAGUUGGAGCAACAGAACGACCAGCUCCGCAACGAAUUGGCCGCCUCGUACUACCGCCCGGACAGCGGUCUCGGAUCUUCAGACGAGGAUGAUGCUGCGAAGGGGAAGGUAGAGAACAACCGGCUUCGCGCUGCCUAUCGUUCUCUUCAGAAUCAACUUAACAAGGCGAAUCACAAAGUCGCCGUGGCGGAGCUCACCGUCCAACGCGGUGUCACAGAGCGUGAAUUGCUGGAGCAUGACAUCCAGCGCUUUAACAAAGAGCGCGAGCUGACCGCCAAAAAGACCAGCGGCGCCAUUUUUAAGAAUGAGGAGCUGAAGGCUGACAUCGAGGAGCUGAGGGCGGAGAAUGAGGAGUUGCGGAAUGCUGGCGAUGGACAGCUCAAAGCCGACAACGAGGCACUGCAGGCUGACAAUGAGGCGCUCAGCGUUGAAAAUCAGAAACUCCAGCAGCAGUAUGACACCCUCACUGCCGACAACCAUACCCUUCAACAACAAAACAACACUCUUGCCGCCGACAAGGCAGCGCUCCAGCGACAGAACAAAACUCUCCAACAACAAAACAACGCACUCACGGCCAACAACAAUGACCUCCAGGAAGAGGUUGAUGCCUUCCAGAAGGAGAGCCAAGAACUUCGUCUUCUGAUGGAGCAGAUGCAGCGCAGCUUUGAUGCUGACGUCGCUCAGCGCACGAAGAGAGAUGCGCGAAUGAAGACCAAGGCAGACUCGAUGCCACCGCCGGCCAAGAAGGUUAAGAACGCUUCUCGUCAGGUCUCGCAAGCCGAGGAUGUUAAGACCACCCUCCUGCGAGGCGCAGAGGCUCAAAGAGCCUACCAAGCUCCACGUGUCGACCCUGUUCCGAACGAGUCCAAUAAGGACGACCUCCAGUCGCUCAUCGACCAGGAGGUUCAAAAGCUCCGUGACGCAGCAGGGCCACGUGCGUCCAGAAUUACGAGCACUCGUCGGCGCACACCAUUGCAGCAGAACGACAACAACAACCACCAGUCUGCCUCGCAGCCUCAGCAGCGCGAUGCCAGCAUCCAACGCUCUGCUUCCGGCACCAAGCGCACCAUCUCCGACCCAACCAUGAGCAUCGAUGGCGAUCGCACCCAGUCGACAUGCGACAUUGACUUUUCUCUCGUGAAGCCAUCGAAGCGAGCCUCUCUGCCAGUGCCUGCUAAGCAAGCAGCGCCAUCUGGACAUGAGGAUGUAAGAGAUCUUACAUUUCUCAGCGUCGACUUCCAAGAUGAGCGUCUUGUUAACAGUGUGAGGCAGACCCUUGAGGACGAGCGCAAGGCUAAGCGCCAUACCACUCGAUCCGCAUCGGUGCCUGCCGAAGGCUCGCGUCAAGUGUCCGACGCACUGCCACGCAAGUCGAGCAUCAGAGAUGUCACUCUGGACUCCGAAGCUGGCAAGGACAUCUUCGAUCUCAUCGACAUGCGCAAGACGUCCAAGAACGUCCGCGUACAGUCGCCACACAGCAGUCAGGCCACCGAGCAGCCUGCACAGCAGUCUCCAGACAACACCGCCGACCUCUCCCUCAUGAGCGCCGGCAGCAACACCAGCCGUCGCCGCCACCGCCGCGCACAGAGCGCAGAAGACGGCAUGACCUCCGCCUUCAUCGUGCCGGACAUCACCCUCAACAGUACCCUCAACACCACCCUCGACGACCACUCGGGCCUCAACCACGACCCCACCACCUGCACCGCCUGCCCCCAGCGCAGCAGCAACUCCAACAACCCCCCAACUAUCCCCACCCCCGUGCCUGUGAACGACCGCACGGAGCAAAUCGACGACACCACCCUCGCCACCAUCCGCCCCUCCGAGCCCCCACCCCUCGCUCUCGCGAGCGUAAUCAAACAAUUCGAAGACGAAAUCGUCCACCUGAAAAACUCCCUCUCCUCCAAAGAAAAGCUGUAUGCAAAACAUGACCCCUCGAUCGGGAAGCGCAAGCGCAUGCAGUUGCAGCAGGGGAUACGGGAGGUGCUGGGGCAGAUUGAGCGGAGGAGCGAUCAGGUCUAUAGUUUGUAUGAUGUUCUUGAGGGGCAGAGGCAGAAUGGUGGUGGUGGUGGUACAGCGGGGGAGGGGGAGGGGGAGAGGGGGGUGGAGGAGACGUUGGAGAGUUUGGGGAUUGAGGUUGGGGAGGUGAAUUGA